AUGAAUUAAAAAGUAAAACAUUCUAAAGAUGAGGAUGAUGAUUUCAAUCUUAAUACAUCAAGUGCUGAGCCAUUAGAAUUGGAUGAUUAAUAUACAAAGCCAAAGUCGAUUUGUUGGGGUAGAUGUCACCCCAUGAUGUUUAGGAAAGGCAAUCCUGCUGUUGUUAUUGGACCACAUUGUAAGUGAUAAUAUAAUCUAGGGCCUUUGUUUAUUUGUGCUUUUCUUUUAUUUUUAUUAAUUGGAUGUCUAUUUAUUUUCCUUAGAGUUAAUGAUGAUCCAUUAAUAUUUUAUACUACUCUUUUUGUUGGUAUUAAUCAAUGUGUUAGUUACUUAAUUGUUUCUCUAAUUAACCCUGGAAUUGCAAAUAUAGAGAGAAUUGAUAUUGAAAAGAAUCAAUAAACUAAUCAAAAAACAUGGUAACUUAAAAUUUAUAUGGAAAGGUAUUGUAAAGUGUGUAAAUUGAUUUAACUCAAAGAAACAUAACAUUGUUUAGAUUGUGAUAUUUGUAUUUAAGAAUAUGAUCAUCAUUGUCCUUGGACUGGUAAAUGUAUUGGGAAAGGCAAUAUUAAAUAAUUUUAUUAUUUUAUCUUAAGUACUGUUGUGUUUAUGAUUUUUAACCUUGUUAUAAUUUUGCUAAAACUAAAAGAAUAAGAAUCUAAAACAAAUAAAUAAUAAUGA